AUGGCUAGUAUGAUUCAGCAAUUCGAGGCCAAUAAUUAUAGUGGCUCCGAUGCUGAAAGUGGUGUAGAUGCGUAUCUAAAUGCACUCUUGAUUCCACGCAGUGACGUUGAUUUUGAUGUUCUUAAAUUUUGGCAGUCUUCUGCUUCUAUAUAUCCUGUUUUCUCUAGGAUGGCCAAGGAUAUUUUGGCAAUCCCUAUUACAUCGGUUGCUUCGGAAUCCUCAUUCAGCAAGGGUGGGAGAGUUUUGACCAAAUAUAGGUCAUCUCUCCUUCCCAAAAAUGUUGAGGCUUUCGUGACAAUCCAAAACUGGUUGUUUGGAUACUUAAAAGAAGAGGAGGUUAAUGAGUGUUUUGAGGUUGUUAAAGAUGCUGUUUCUGACGAAGUAGAUUUAUCACCAGAUCGUUGA